CCGGUGACCGCCCAUCACCUCCUCCCUUUGCAGAUGGCGUCCGCUACCGACUCCCGCUAUGGACAGAAGGAGUCCUCAGACCAGAACUUUGAUUACAUGUUCAAAAUCCUCAUCAUCGGUAACAGCAGCGUAGGGAAGACCUCGUUCCUAUUCCGGUACGCCGACGACUCCUUCACGCCCGCCUUCGUCAGCACCGUCGGCAUCGACUUCAAGGUCAAAACCAUCUACAGGAAUGACAAACGCAUCAAGCUGCAGAUCUGGGACACGGCCGGGCAGGAGCGGUACCGCACCAUCACCACCGCGUAUUACCGCGGGGCCAUGGGCUUCAUCCUGAUGUACGACAUCACCAACGAGGAGUCCUUCAACGCCGUGCAGGAUUGGUCGACCCAGAUCAAGACGUACUCGUGGGACAACGCGCAGGUGCUGCUGGUGGGGAACAAAUGUGACAUGGAGGACGAGCGCGUGGUGUCGGCUGAGAAGGGCCGGCAGCUCGCCGAGCACCUGGGUGAGCAUGGGGGGGUCCCCAGUGUCAGCUCUGCCCCCAUACAGUGGCAUGUGGGGCACGGUGUCCCUGUGACAGCACGGGGAUGAGUGCAGGUUUAACCC